AUGGUUUCAAAAUCUCAAAGUAAGGAGGCUCAAGCGUCAAAAGGUCAAGGCAAGGACAUUGUAGUUUCAACGGUACAAAUGGGUGAAUCCAAAUAUGAUCCAAGCAAUCCUGCAAAGAAGAUGAGAUUUACUUCAUCCUCUGAGAAAGACCCAAGCUCUACAACAUUUGAUGAAGUGACAAAAUCGACUCGCGAUAUCAACACAAUGAGCCGUAUUGUGAAGAGAAAAAUCUAG